AUGGCAGACACUCCACAUACACUUGUGGAUGGUGGCACUACGCCAGCAGAUACCACUUCAGGCACAGCACAUGGAUCUCACGAUCACCACCACCACCACCAUCCGCAUCUUGGCAACCAUACGGGAAAGAGACUGAGGCAAUUCCUGAGACCAGAUGGAAGAAAGGUACACAUUGCGAGCUCGCCCGAUGAGGCCAACAUCAUGAGGCGGAAGUUGAGCACUGCAAACGAGAAGGAUGAUUUUGAUCUAGUCAUCCACGGAUCUCCUGAACAUAUUGAAGCACUUCGCCAUACUCACGCCCACCAUGAAGACCGCCACAAGCAACUGCAAGAAGAACACGGAGAAGUAGCCCAAGAAUUCGAGCGCGUCAUCCGCGAACUAGACGCCUUGUCUACCGAACUCCACAUGAUCAGCGAGCACGCCGUGCAACUCGAUGCCAACUUUUCCAAGUACGGAUACUCUGCUCACCUCCGCACCAAAGAAGACUCGGACUCCUUGAAUUCAUCCAGCAAUUCCAUGUUUGACAAAGACACCUGGCGCGCAGAGCGCAAACUCGGCGAGACAAUGCGGUUCUACCAACGUCCCAUCGUGCGGCAGUACUUCCACAAGGGCCUCCUCUGGCGCGCCAAAGAAGCCCAAGAAGUAGCAUCGUACGAACUCUUCAUCGACCUCUUCUACGUCGGUAUCAUCGCCAUAACAGGCGACUCCGCAGCCGAGCAUCCCACGGGUGAAUCUCUCCUCCGCUUCGCCAUUACCUUCCUCAUGGCCUGGAAAAUCUGGUCAGACAUCGGCAUGCUCAUCUCGUGGUUCGAUUCGGACGACGUCCUGCGCCGCUGCGCCGUCCUCUUCAUCCUGACAUGCUUGCUGGGCUUCACCACAAAUAUGGCUGCAGCCUUCGAACACACUUACACACCUCUUGUAGCUUUCUACCUCGCUGCCCGCCUCUUCAUCACACUCAGCCUCUGCUGGUACGCCUGGAUGAUUCCUAUGAUCCGCGGUAGCAUGAUCGGUUACAGUGCCAUCUCCUUGAUCCCCUUUGCCCUCUGGGUAAGUAGCAUACACGUCGAGGAACCCGCUAAACAAGGCUUCAUCUGGGUCGCCAUCGUCUUCGAUCUCUUCGGCCAAUUCAUCAUGUUGCCUGUCCAGCGCCCCAAUAGUCCCGUUGGAAAGCAUCUCCCCGCACAUAUUAAAGCGAGUCUAGAUUUCUUCCCCGGGACAAACAUCGAGCAUAGAAUCGAGCGUACAAACGCAUUCGUUACUCUGGUCUUCGGCUCGUGCGUGUUGGGGCUGCUAUACCAAAGCAACGUCGAAAUGGGCAUCAACGCCUUCUUCGGCAAAGCCGUACUAGGAUUAAUCCAAGCAUUCACGUUUAAUUGGAUUUAUUUUGAAAUUGACUCGUUUAAUCUGCAUUCGCAUGCGAUACGACGUCAUGUCUUCUCUGCAAUGACAUGGCUAACCCUCCACCCCCCCUUCACCCUCUCCUUCGUCCUCUCCGCCUCCUCCCUCGCCAUCCUCGUCCGCGCCCACGACACCCCCGAGGCCCCCCUCUCUUCCUUGUACGAAACUUUCAUUCCCCGCUCCGAAGCCCACAUUCACUCCGGUCUACAGUGGUUCUACUGCGGCGGCCUUUCCAUAUCGCUCUUGUGUCUCGCGGCGAUUGCGAAAACGCACUCGCAUCGUAAGAUCCCGAAUCAACGACUAAGCAAAGAUGUCAGGCUCGUGUACCGCGGUGUUAUUGCUGUGGUGGUUUUGAUGUUGCCGCUCGCGCACUUGGAUAGUGUGAGGUUGGUGGGUACGACGACGGGGCUGAUAGUUAGUGUAUUGGGGGUUGAGCUGGUAGGCGUGGGGUGUUGGGGGGAGAAUGUGGUUUGGGAGAGGGGGUGUAAGAGGGAUCGGGCGACGUAUAGUGCGAGGUGUGGGAUUAGUAGGGGGGAGUUGGAAAAGAGUGUGAGGGAGGGGAAGGUGGUAAAGGUUGAGGAGAUUGCAGCGAGAGAGGGGGGUGAGAAGGGGGCUGUUGGCGUGGUGUGA